AUGUCCGAGCAUAAUAGUGAUAUAGUUCAUCCACCAACUAAAGAUUGUAUUACGAGAUUAAAAAGAGAAUUUCAAGAGAUUAGUAAGAAUCCAAUUGAAAAUAUUUUAGUCACACCAUCUCCAAGUAAUAUUUUAGAAUGGCAUUAUGUUAUUUUGGGUGCAUCUAAUACCCCCUACGAAGGCGGUGUUUAUUAUGGUCAAUUAAUAUUUAAAUAUAACUAUCCUCUUUCACCACCAUCAAUUUUAAUGACAACACCAAGUGGUAGAUUUGAAACUCAAAAGAGAUUAUGUUUAUCAAUUUCAGAUUAUCAUCCAGAAAGUUGGUCACCAAGUUGGAGUACAUCUUCAAUUUUACUUGGAUUAUUAUCAUUUAUGUCUGAUAAUGAAGUUACAGCAGGUAGUAUAGUUACAACAAAUGAUGAAAAGAGAAUUUUAGCUACAAAAUCAAUGGAUUUUAAUAAGAAGAAUAAAACUUUUUGUGAAUUAUUCCCUUAUUUAGCGAUGGAUGAAUAA